AUGACUAUGAGGACAAACAUGAGUGAAACGGUCUCAAUCCAAGGGAGGAACAUCAAAUGGACAAAUUUGGGAACCGGAAGAGGUAAGGAGUCCGAAAUGUACCUCU